AUGAAUCUUCUCAAAUUCCCAUUGCUGGUACAACAUCGAGUUUAUCAAGAGCUGAGUAUUCUUGAACUGUUCAUCUUAUCUUUGACUUCUCGAAGAGUGAAAACAUUCAUUAAGUUAUUUAAAUGGGAAGUUCAUGGAGUAUUAUUUUCCUUCAUGAAAAAAGAAGUUUACUUUUUUUUUCAAGACUCAAAUGAAUUGUGGCAACGUAAUAAAUUUCAAAUACCGUUGGAUGCCAACUUCGUGUGUUAUAGAGAAGAUGAAACUGAUGUUUUUUACUACCAUUUCAAACGUAAAAAAUGUGGAUCAACUUUGGCGUUGGAAUUACAACAGCACAUUUUCGAUUUGUUUUCAACAGCUUCCAAACAACUGAAGCUUACUGUUUUUAUUGAAAAUAUUCAAAGUUAUAGAUGGAUUUCUUCUGUAGGACGUGCUUCAAUAUCUUCUAUGAGAAUGGUAGCUUUGGAAAAGUUUGUAAAACGUCAUCCUACCCUCAAAUAUCUUAUUUUGAGAGAAGAAAUGCCGUAUUACUUGUCUCCCACCUCGAGUAUAUUCUCUCUCAGAAAUUUGAGCGUUUACGUUCGUGAGAAAUCGUUUAUGUAUUACUUACAGUACUUCAGAGGCACCCAUGCAGUUUUUGAAGGUUGUGUUCCUAUUGUUCAAGUUCAUGAAUUCAUUGAAAAGUGGAUAGAUGGAGAUUAUUAUGAGAAUCUGAAACUCGUUCAUAUCACUAAAACUCUACGAGGAGAACCUUUCCUUCAAGAACUUCUAGAUAGAUAUCAAGUUAAAAAACAAGACCGUUCAAAAACUCCAAAAUUCUUUCCGUAUAAUGAAGAGGAUCUUUUUUAUCUGAGUGAUCAAACGAAUCAAAUCGCAUUCAAUGGAUCAUUAUUUAUCGAAAAUAAGAAGAAUGAUAAAGUGGCAUCAAUUCAAUUUACCUCAAAAUGUAUGAAGUUUUAUAUAUGGAGAAAAGAAGACAUUUUCCCUUAG